AUGCCAAGACAGCACUUGACACCGAACGCAUGCCUGGUAUGCCGCAAGAAAAGGACAAAGUGUGAUGGCCAGAUGCCAUGCCGCAGGUGUAGGUCUCGUGGGGAAGAAUGCGCAUACGAGGACAAGAAAUGGCGUACCAAGGACCAUCUCAGGUCCGAGAUUGAAAGACUUCGAAACGCGCAGCGACAAGGACAUGCAGUAAUUCGAGCCCUCAUCAACGACGAGCAGGACUGGGAAUUGUUCUUAUCACGGAUCCGGAGUGACGAAUCACCCGAAGCCAUUGCCGACUGGAUACGAUCAAUGAGAAACCUAUUUGGGCCGCUCCAGGUGGCGUCAUCACAGAGCGUAGGAACUUUUGGCCAUCUGGAUGGUGCUCCUCCAAGAUUGCUGUCACCGUCGCAGCCCACCGCCUCAACACUAGGCUCGGAGUCAUCACAACCACACAGGGCUGCUAGCUUUGGUGGCAUUGGCAGCUACACUUUUGCCCAGGCCCGGGUUCCAUUUGACCAACCCACUCCUCGGAGCAGCUUUUCAUCGGACCUCUCCCCUACCACUCAGUUCUCGUUUAGGGACCAAGCAGCUUUACUUCAGGCCCCCCAGCCCUUGUAUCCGUUGUCUAGGCGGUUCUCUAGCCCAUCGCUUCCAUCCCUAUCUCUGCGACGUUCUUCGCAACCUCUUGCUCCUGGUAUAUCCAACGAGCUUCUGCCUCAAACCUGGACCAGUAUAACAUCAGACGCCCAACUUGUCCAGAGACUGUUAUCCAAGUUCUUCUCAGCUCCGUGCUCUUUACUGUGCUUCAUCCCGCAAUCUUCUUUUAUGAAGGCGUUUCGUGAUGGCGACCACCGCUACUGUUCCGAGGCCCUGGUUAACGCCAUCCUGGGAAAGGCUUGCAAAUCUUACGGUGCGAGCUCAAAUAUCGUGUCCAGAAUGACGUUUGGAGAUGCCUUCCUAGGAGAAGCAAAGAGGUUGUUAGCAACCGAACCGAACCACGUGAACCUCCCGAGCAUCCAGGCUUUGGCCGUUCUUGCCCUUGCUGAGAUCUCUCAAGGUAACGAUGACGAGGCCUGGGACUUGGCCUGGGCAUCCGUGAGGGCCGCGAUCCAUUUUGGCCGACAAACCCGUGAACAGAGCUUCCGUGUGGAUCAAGAACUAGCAACCGGCAGGGCACUGUCUUAUUGCGGCGGUUUCUCGUUAAUUCAUAUGUUACGUCUCCUUACCGGUCGCCUUGACCUGACUACCGGUCCUUUUUUCAUGAGGCUUCAUCAAGAUUCAGGAGAGACGGUCGAGGAUGAGCCACAAAGUCGUAUUGAACGAGGGUUGACGUUGCAUGUGCAGUUCCUCGCUGAGCUAGAACACUGCCCGCCGCUUUCUCGAUUCGUCUUUGAGGUCACAGCCGCUGUGCAUACUUUCUCGUCUUACAAUUUCUCUAGUGCCGCAACUGCGGAGGAGCUGGAAGACGCCUAUGGAAAAUGUCUAGACGCCUACAAACGUUUCAGAGACGUAUUUUGCGUUGAUAUGGAUACCACACCGGACUUGUUGUUUGCACAGAUUUGGUAUCACUAUUGCCUACUUGCUCUUCUACGCCCGUUGGUGAAGAGCAUGGCAAGCUUGAGGGCCAGUGGAGCGGCCAAGCCCAAGUUACGGAAUGAUGCCAAGCCUUCCGAUGUUUGCCAACAAUCCUCCGAGGCCAUCAUCUUCCUCACGAGUACUUACCAAACUCGCUUUUCGUUGGGAAACCCACCUGAGCUGCUCCCCCACAUGCUCUUUGCCGCUGUUUUCUAUCAAUUGACACUCACGCUCGAUUCGGACCACUUGACCCCAGUUGGAGACGACAGCAACCCGGAGCUUACCGAGUCCCCGGUGCUGAUGUCCUCUCAGACUUCUUUUGUGGCCCAUAGGAACUCCGACUUGGUUCCGUCGCAGCCCAUCCCGUUCACCAGUCACACUUCCCCUUUCCCGCAGCCUCUCUCCCCAGUGUUGAAGUUGGAAGUCGGACAGGUAGCACAUCGCCGCGCGUCCAGCAUCUCUUUAUCAUCCACCUUCGAUAGCUGUGGCAAUCGCCGACCAGGCGCCAGUCUACCAUCCAGCACAUUAACUUCUCAUGAUCCUUCGGAGAGAGAGUCUUCCGUGUCAGACACACAGUCUGAUUUGCUCCCUCUAUUCACCUCGGAGCCAGCUGACCUUGUCACCAUCGGCUCACUGCAACUGGCAUCCAUGCAACAUCUCGGUGCCAUAGAGGCGACUCGCUUAUUGCGUAGCUUAGGAACAGUACAGGAUCUAGCCGGAUCACAUCUUGAUUUGGCGACUCUAGCCGAGGCCUUACCAUUUCCCAUGGACGAUUUCAACACAUCCACGCUCUAUACGGGGCUGGGUCUGCAGAGGACGCCUGUUGAGUUGCAGGUCACUGGGCCGUAA